CCCUUCCUUUUGAAUUCAAACUUCCCCUCUCAUUACAAUCUUGCAUAAAACCACCUCCUCACUCCAUCACAUUCUUGUUUCACUCCUCUCUCUCUCUCCAAAAACCAUAAUUCCUUGCUUCUACCAAAAUAGUUCAAUAUUAAAAAAAAUGUCACAACCAAUUGAUGCAUAUCCAAAUCCAGAGAUGACUGAUCAAGCAAGCCCUUCGCGCUCCAACGGCUCGUUCGGGCCAGUUUUUGCGGUGUUGGCUGUGAUUGUGGUGAUAUCGGCGGUGGCGUGCGUGUUGGGGCGGCUAAGCAGCAAGCGGAGCCACCACACGAAGAAGAAGAAGGCGGAGCACGACCACCCGGCCAAGGGGAGCAAGGGCCUCCCUAAAGAGUGGGAGUCUAAGCAGAAACCCUUGGAUAUCGAAUUCGGAUUUGAUAAGAGAAUGCCGCCAAAGAAUGGAGGAGGGAAGCCGAAGCAGCCGCAUCAAAAUGGGGGACAUAAUAAACCAGUAGAUAUCAGAUUUUCAAACAAUGUUUAAAUUUUAAUAGUGAUUGGAUGCGCAUGGGCAGGGGGUAUACUUGGUGGUAGUACUACUAUUAUAGUAGUAGAAGUACUGGUAUUAUUUUGGGUUUCAAAAUCUCAUGGUUAAGUUCUGGCUUAAUUAGUUUUCAAGUGUCUUUGUGCAAGUUGUGGACUAAAUUUCCAAAGAAUGGUCAAAGUUUAAUGAAUGUAUAUGAAGGGUUUUAAGGAAUUACGGAGUAAGUACUGAAAAGAAAGACACAAAGCCAUAA